AGAGCACCCCCCCAGUCUUAGGCCCUUCUCCUCUCCAUUCAUAACCGAUAAGGGGAGCAACAUCUACAAUGGCCAGAUCCAUCAUCAAAAAGAACAACCGCUCCAGAAGACAUCUAAGCUCAGUCUCCAAAAAGAAGUCACAUUCAAGCAUCAAAUUUGGCCAUAGAAAUUAUUCACUCUACGUAAACAGGGUCCUGAAGGAAGUGGUUCCCCAGAGGGGCAUAUCAUCUCGUACUUUGGACAUCAUGAACACCAUCAUCAAUGACAUCUUUGAGCGCAUUGCUAUGGAAGCCUGCAAGCUGAUGUAUUUCAGAAAACGUUGUACCCUCACCACUGAAGAUAUCCAGAAGGCUGUGUAUAUGCUGUUACCUGGGAAAUUAGCCAGGUAUGCGGUGGUUUUUGGACGUGAAGCAGUCCACAGAUAUGUCCACUCCUAAACUCCACGUACCAGCUUAAUUGAAGCCUGGGGAAAGUAAAUAAAACCUACUACCAAG